AUGGCCGAUGGCGCCUCGAGUACAGAGUGGGAGAUCUCUGCCAAACAAGCCGACGAAGAGCUUCAGAAAAAGAAGCUCCCGAUCCUCUCCGUUGCAUUCAACGGCGAGACUGUGCUCACAAGCUCCUCAAGGCCGACAGUGAAGCUGUGGAGGCUAGGUGAUGAAGGGCUCACUGCUACAGGUGCGCUGGAAGUGCAAGAAGGGCUGAAAGGAGCAGCAGCUGCUCCCAGCUCGCUUGAUGUCUUUCGGGAUAUGGCAGCGAUCUGUACACAGGACGGGAAUGUUCUGCUAUGGGACUUGCGGAACCCCAAGGAAGUCUCAAGUCAGCUGGACCUCAUACAGGGGCAAGGAAGUAUAAUACGCUUUCUACCUGACGGUAAUCGACUGGUCUCCGGUAACAACGUUUCUGGUAGGCUGUCCAUUUGGGAUCUGCGGCAGCAAAGAGUCGAAAGAGAGCUGCCUGUGAAUUCCGUGGGCGCAGAAGUCAAGAACGGUGACGAGGAGAGACCGAGCAAGUCUCGUCGUAGCUUCGUACCGCAAGCUGACAGCCCCAUCACAGCCAUGUGUGCAAGUGGCGACGGUCGGAUGCUAGCUUGCGGGCGGAGUUCAGGGCGAAUCGGUUUGCUUCACUUGGCGACGCUGGACUGGGCAGGCACGGAUCUGCCGGCCCACGUGGGCAGCGCAGUCAGAUCACUCUCCUUCGAGCGAUCCAAGUUUCUUUUCAGUGGCGGUGAUGACCGCAACCUUUGCAUGGUGGAUGCAUCUCGCUGGGUCACUCGCGGCAUUAGGCCGCAGUUGGAAAGAUUUCCUGCCCACCGCGCAAGCAUCACAUGCGUGCGAGCAUGUCCUGACCAUCGACAUCCAGCUUUAGUUUCUACUUCCUUGGACAAGGUGGUCAAGGUUUGGGACUACCGAAGACAAAGAGUUCUGCAAACAUUCUCUUCACACUCCGCAGGUGUAACAAGCAUGGCCUUCGAGCCAGAUGGUCACGUCUUCGUGACGGUUGGGGCCGACGCCAUGAUCUAUGUUUAUGCACCGGUCCACGACGUCGGAGCCGACGUCGGGGCGCCGGCUUCCGGGGCUCCACAGGAGGAUGUCAAGGUCAAGCCUGGAUGA